GAGGCCCCGCCCGCCGUUGCUGCUUGCACCUCCCUAAAAAUAACUCGGCCCGCCGGGGCCAGCGCGAACGGAGACGGUUCCCCAGCGCAGCCCGGCCGUCGCCGAGUCCGGCUCCACGGACAGCGGGCCGCGAGGAGGAGAGCAGCUCGGGGCUGCACGGACCCUCGUGCUGUCUGCGCCCCGGCCCCGCGCCUGGGCAGCUUUCCCCCGGGCAGUGGCGCUGGGCCGGGAGGCCGGCGAGUGUGUGGAGCGGUCCCGGUGCUCCCCGCAGGGGGAGAUGGCGUCCUACGUGGAUAAUAGCUUCCGCCAAGCGGUGAUGAAGAACCCCGCCGAGAGGACCCCCCAGGACCUGGAAAUAGUGUAUUCCUAUUUACACGGAAUGGAAGCCUUAUCAAACCUGAGGGAGCACCAGCUAAGGUUAAUGUGUGAAACCGUGAGAUACGAAAGACAUGAAGCAAACGAAGUUUUAUACUAUCCCGAUGAUAUCGGCACCUGCUGGUAUAUCCUCCUUUCUGGUUCCGUGUUCAUUAAGGAAUCCAUGUUUCUUCCAAGGAGCAGUUUUGGCAAGCGUUCUGCAGGAAGCUUUAGGCGUGGCUGUGAAUGCAUUGUGUUAGAGCCUUCUGAAAUGAUUGUGGUGGACUAUAUGGAUGAAAAUGAAGAGUAUUUCCAGCGUCAAGCCUCCCACAGACAGUCUCGAAGAAGGUUUAGAAAAAUCAACCAGAAAGGUGAAAGACAAACUAUCAUUGACACCGUAGACCCCUACCCCGUGGGCAAGCCCCCUUUACCUAGAGGCUACCAUACGGAAUGCACUAAAUCCCAGCUCCCUGCAGAUUUCACAAAGCUCCACCUCACUGACAGCCUCCACCCCCAGGUGACCCACGUGUCCUCCAGCCAUUCAGGAUGUAGCAUCACCAGUGACUCUGGCAGCAGCAGUCUUUCUGAUAUUUACCAGGCCACGGAGAGCGAGGCUGGGGACAUGGACCUGAGUGGACUGCCAGAGACGGCCGUGGAUUCUGAGGACGACGACGAUGAAGAAGACAUCGAGAGGGCUUCGGACCCCCUGAUGAGCAGGGACAUCGUGAGGGACUGCCUGGAGAAGGACCCCAUAGACAGGACUGACGACGACAUCGAACAACUCCUGGAAUUUAUGCACCAGCUGCCUGCCUUUGCCAACAUGACGAUGUCUGUGCGACGGGAGCUCUGUGCCGUGAUGGUGUUCGCCGUGGUGGAAAGAGCUGGAACCAUUGUUUUAAACGAUGGAGAGGAGCUGGAUUCCUGGUCAGUGAUUCUCAACGGUUCCGUGGAAGUGACCUAUCCAGACGGGAAAGCAGAAAUCCUGUGCAUGGGCAACAGUUUUGGUGUGUCGCCCACCAUGGACAAAGAAUGCAUGAAAGGGGUGAUGAGGACAAAGGUGGACGACUGCCAGUUUGUCUGCAUCGCCCAGCAAGAUUACUGCCGUAUUUUGAACCAAGUAGAAAAGAACAUGCAGAAAGUUGAGGAGGAAGGAGAGAUCGUAAUGGUGAAGGAGCACCGCGAACUGGAUCGGACCGGAACAAGGAAGGGCCACAUCGUCAUCAAGGGGACCUCCGAAAGGCUGACCAUGCAUUUGGUGGAAGAGCAUUCCGUAGUGGAUCCAACGUUCAUAGAAGACUUCCUCUUGACAUACCGGACUUUCCUUUCUAGCCCGAUGGAAGUGGGAAAGAAGUUAUUGGAGUGGUUCAAUGACCCAAGCCUCAGGGAUAAGGUGACACGUGUAGUAUUACUAUGGGUGAAUAAUCACUUCAAUGACUUUGAAGGAGAUCCCGCAAUGACGCGAUUUCUAGAAGAAUUUGAAAAUAAUCUGGAAAGAGAGAAAAUGGGUGGCCAUCUAAGGCUGUUGAACAUUGCCUGUGCUGCAAAAGCAAAGCGCAGGAUGAUGACGCUGACAAAGCCGUCCCGGGAAGCCCCUCUGCCCUUCAUCUUACUGGGAGGGUCGGAAAAAGGCUUUGGCAUCUUCGUGGACAGCGUUGACUCCGGUAGCAAAGCAACUGAAGCCGGCUUGAAGCGAGGGGAUCAGAUAUUAGAAGUAAAUGGUCAAAAUUUUGAAAAUAUCCAGCUUUCAAAGGCAAUGGAAAUUCUUAGAAAUAACACACACCUGUCCAUCACUGUGAAAACCAACUUAUUUGUAUUUAAAGAACUUCUGACAAGAUUAUCUGAAGAGAAAAGAAACGGUGCCCCUCACCUCCCUAAAAUCGGAGACAUCAAGAAGGCCAGCCGCUACUCCAUACCAGACCUUGCCGUUGACGUGGAGCAGGUGAUCGGUCUUGAAAAAGUCAACAAGAAAAGUAAAGCCAACACUGUCGGGGGGAGAAACAAACUAAAGAAAAUACUCGACAAGACUCGGAUCAGCAUCUUACCUCAGAAACCAUACAAUGAUAUUGGGAUUGGUCAGUCUCAGGAUGACAGCAUCGUGGGCCUGAGGCAGACCAAACACAUCCCAGCUGCCCUGCCUGUCAGUGGAACGCUGUCUUCAAGCAACCCUGACUUGCUGCAGUCACACCACCGGAUUCUGGACUUUAGCACGACUCCAGACUUGCCAGACCAGGUGCUCAGAGUUUUCAAGGCUGACCAGCAAAGCCGGUACAUCAUGAUCAGUAAGGACACCACGGCCAAGGAAGUGGUCAUCCAGGCCAUCCGCGAGUUUGCCGUCACGGCCACCCCAGACCAGUAUUCUCUGUGUGAGGUCUCUGUCACGCCAGAGGGGGUUAUCAAGCAACGGCGCCUCCCAGACCAGCUCUCCAAGCUUGCCGACAGGAUACAGCUGAGCGGAAGGUACUAUCUGAAAAACAACAUGGAAACGGAAACACUCUGCUCGGACGAGGACGCCCAGGAGCUGUUGCGGGAGAGCCACAUCUCUCUCCUUCAGCUCAGCACCGUGGAGGUCGCCACGCAGCUCUCCAUGAGGAACUUUGAGCUCUUCCGCAACAUUGAGCCUACUGAAUACAUAGAUGAUUUAUUUAAACUCAAGUCAAAAACCAGCUGUGCCAACCUGAAGAAAUUUGAGGAAGUCAUUAACCAGGAAACAUUUUGGGUGGCUUCCGAAAUCCUGCGCGAGACGAACCAGCUGAAGAGAAUGAAGAUCAUCAAGCAUUUCAUCAAAAUCGCCCUGCACUGUAGGGAAUGCAAGAAUUUUAACUCCAUGUUUGCGAUCAUCAGUGGCCUAAACCUGGCACCAGUGGCAAGACUACGGACGACCUGGGAAAAGCUUCCCAAUAAGUAUGAAAAGCUGUUCCAGGACCUCCAGGACCUGUUUGAUCCUUCCAGAAACAUGGCGAAGUACCGCAACGUCCUGAGCGGCCAGAACCUACAGCCUCCGGUCAUCCCCCUGUUCCCUGUCAUCAAGAAGGACCUCACGUUCCUCCACGAGGGAAAUGACUCGAAAGUGGACGGACUGGUCAACUUUGAGAAGCUGAGGAUGAUUGCCAAAGAAAUCCGUCACGUCGGCCGAAUGGCCUCGGUCAACAUGGACCCUGCCCUUAUGUUCCGGACUCGGAAGAAGAAGUGGCGGAGUCUGGGGUCUCUGAGUCAGGGCAGUGCGAAUGCCACGGUGCUGGAUGUCGCUCAGACAGGCGGUCAUAAGAAGCGGGUACGCCGGAGUUCCUUCCUCAACGCCAAGAAGCUGUAUGAAGAUGCCCAGAUGGCUCGCAAAGUGAAGCAGUACCUGUCGAACCUGGAGCUGGAGAUGGAUGAGGAGAGCCUUCAGACGCUGUCCCUGCAGUGUGAGCCAGCCACCAGCACAUUGCCCAAGAAUCCUGCAGACAAAAAGCCUGUCAAGUCUGAGACCUCCCCUGUGGCUCCACGUGCAGGACCCCAGCAGAAAGUGCAGCCUCAGCAGCCGCUGCCACAGCCACAGCCACCACACAAAGCCAGCCAGGGUCUGCAGGUGCCCGCUGUGUCCCUCUACCCUUCACGAAAGAAGGUGCCGGUGAAGGAUCUGCCACCUUUCGGCAUAAACUCUCCACAAGCUUUAAAGAAAAUCCUGUCCUUGUCUGAGGAAGGGAGUUUGGAGCGUCAUCGGAGGCAAGCAGAGGACACCAUAUCAAAUGCGUCUUCUCAGCUGUCGUCACCCCCCACCUCGCCUCAGAGCUCCCCCAGAAAAGGUUAUAUGUUGGCUCCCAGUGGUACCGUGGAUAAUUUUUCAGAUUCUGGGCACAGUGAAAUUUCUUCACGAUCCAGUAUUGUCAGCAAUUCUUCUUUUGACUCGGUGCCAGUCUCUCUGCAUGAUGAACGGCGUCAGAGGCAUUCUGUCAGCAUCGUGGAGACCAACCUGGGUGUGGGCAGGAUGGAGCGGAGGACCCUGAUCGAGCCUGAUCAAUACAGCUUAGGGUCGUAUGCUCCGGUGUCUGAAAGCCGAGGGCUGUAUGCCGCGGCCACUGUCAUCUCUUCUCCCAGCACAGAGGAGCUUUCCCAUGACCAAGGAGACCGCGCUUCCCUCGAUGCUGCUGACAGCGGUCGUGGGAGCUGGACCUCAUGUUCAAGUGGUUCCCAUGACAACAUCCAGACGAUCCAGCACCAGAGGAGCUGGGAAACCUUGCCUUUUGGGCACACUCACUUUGACUAUUCAGGGGAUGCUGCAGGCAUGUGGGCCUCCGGGAGCCAUAUGGACCAAAUCAUGUUUUCCGAUCAUAGCACAAAAUAUAGUAGACAAAAUCAAAACAGAGAGAGUCUCGAACAAGCUCAAUCCCGGGCAAGCUGGGCAUCUUCCACGGGCUACUGGGGAGAAGACUCAGAAGGUGACACGGGCACUAUCAAGCGAAGGGGCGGCAAGGAUGUCUCCAUCGAGGCGGAAAGCAGCAGCAUGGUGCCUGUGACCACAGAAGAAGCCAAACCUGUCCCCAUGCCUGCCCACAUAGCUGUGACGCCGACUACGCCGAAGGGGCUUAUCGCUCGGAAGGAGGGCAGGUAUCGGGAACCACCGCCCACACCUCCAGGCUACGUGGGCAUCCCCAUAGCCGAUUUCCCUGAAGGGCCUUGCCACCCGGCCCGGAAGCCACCGGACUACAACGUGGCCCUGCAGCGGUCCCGGAUGGUGGCACGGCCCACGGAGGCCCCGGCUCCAGUGCAGACGCCUCCUGCAGCCAGCAGGCCGGGAAGCAAGCCACAGUGGCACAAGCCCAGCGAUGCAGACCCGCGCCUCGCACCCUUCCAACCGCAGGGCUUCGCUGGCGCUGAGGAGGACGAAGAUGAGCAAGUGUCUGCGGUUUGAGGCACAGAGCAAGCCACCGACAGGAGAGCACAAGAAGACGUCCGAAGCGAUGGAGCCUUGGCACGCACAUCCUGAGGAUGGUGGACCAGUUUGCCUCCUUCCCUGCCUUAAAGCAGCAUGGGGCUUCUUCUCCCCUUCUUCCUUUCCCCUUUGCAUGUGAAAUACUGUGAAGAAAUUGCCGUGGCACUUUGCAGACCUUAUUGCUUGAGAUGCACAGCCCAGCAGUCUCCGAGCUGCUGCCUGCCACAUCACGCAGUAUCAUUCCAGACUCCAAGAUCAUCAAAAGGUGAUCCCCUCUGGCUGCGCUUCUCCGCGCCCGGAAGGAGAUCAUCAAAAGGUGAUCCCCUCUGGCUGCACUUCUCCGCACCUGGAAGGAGUUUGUAAUCUUCCUCUUAGAUUUCAAUCCAACCCUAGCCCUCGGUCUCAUUUGGAAGAUGAGAGAAACUAGCCUUUGAACUACGUGGGGUCUUGAACCCAUCAAGGAAGACAAAGACAGACAUGAAAUCCUUUGAGUACAGUGCUUGCCCACUUGUUUACAAUAGCCUUUUAAAAAUGAGUUUAAAGAUUGUGUUCAGAGAGUAAAUAUAUCCAUUUAAUGAUUACAGUAUUAUUUUGAACCUUAAGUAGGAUUGCCAGCCUGGGUUUCUGAAAAACCAAAUAUGCCGGACAGGGUAUGGCCACACCAAGGGAAGACCUGGCAGCGAUGCUGUCUUCCCAUGUCCUUCUGGCCUUGCCCGUGAAGUGCCCUAUCCCAGAAGCAUCAAAUGUUAGCCAAUUACUUAAAUACAAGGACUCCUCACCCACUCCUUCCCCAGUGGGUGAGGCUCUAAUGUAAAACUCUUUGCACAUGGCCAGGGGAGGGAACGAGGACUUGGGUGUCCUGUCUGAGCCUUAGGAGGCGGGACAGUGUUAUUUGAGAGUGUGUCCUGCUCAAUUACAGUGGAUGGCAACCCCUGUUUUUAAGUUAUGGAUUUUUUUUUUAAAACAUUUUUAAUUUUUAUUUUUUGAGUUUUGUUAAUUUAGAGUUUCAGAGCUUUUUGUUUCUAUUUUUUAAAAGAAAGAAGCAUAACUGGAUAGCAUCGCAGUGAAGUAGCUUGGGGUGUUGGAGUGAAUGCCAGCUGUUCGUACUGCUCUUUCAAGACAGCCUCCUCCCCUUGUUGAAAUGGCACCAGAGAGUAUGUCUUUAAACAUGAUUCAAGGUCACACGGUUAGAUGCUCUAGCCCUUGCAAGGUGGGUUGGUCACCAAAGACUGCCCUGUCAGUGGCUGCGCGACGCUGCCUCUAGAGAAGUCCUAAGUGUAGCGCCCACCUGCUCACAGCUGCUAUGACCCCGAGAAGGACUGAAAAUGACCCCGUCGUCCCUAUCUCGUGUUGUUUUUGCACAGACUCCGGAAAAGUGAAGGCUGCCAAUCCGAGUAGUACUCAGAUGUGAGGGGCUGCUGGUCUUGGAUUUUUCCAUUAAAUUCAACUGAUCAUAUUGAUCAGUCAAAUAAACGUAAAUAGCUUCCAAUUUUAAAGGUCGAAUUGCAGUGUUUUUUCACUGUGUCAAACAAUGUCAGUGCUUUAUUUAAUAAUUCUCUUCUGUGUCAUGGCAUUUGUCUACUUAUGUAUCACAUCGUCUCUCACGCAUUUGUAAUUUUACAUGUAACAAGCAUUAUUGCCAGUUUUCCUAUAUAGGCUAUGGACCUCAUGUGCAUAUAGAAAGACAAAAAUCUAGCUCUAUCACAAAUUGCACAAAUGUUACCUAAACAUUAAGUAAUUGUAGAACAUAGGACUGCUAAUCUCAGUUCGCUCUGUGAUGUCGAGUGCAGAAUGUACUAUUAUUAACUGGUGAUUUCCUCAUACUUUUGAUACUACUUGUACCUGUAUGUCUUUUAGAAAGACAUUGGUGCGGUCUGUAUCCUUUUGUAUUUUUAAUACAAUAAUUGUACAUAUUGGUUAUAUUUUUGUUGAAGAUGGUAGAAAUGUACUAUGUUUAUGCUUCUACAUCCAGUUUGUACAAGCUGGAGAAUAAAUAAAUAUAACAUAAAGCCUUGUCUAAA